AUGAGACGAGGUUCACACGAUAUGCAAGUGAAUGUCGCUGGCAUCAGGCGAAACAUCAAGAAUUUCGCCCACAAUUACUCCGAUGCUCAAAAGAAAGUAAGAGAAGCGACCUCGAACGAUCCAUGGGGUCCGAGCAGUACUAUAAUGGCGGAAAUCGCCGAUCUCACAUACAAUGUGGUGGCCUUCAGCGAGAUAAUGCAAAUGAUAUGGAAGAGACUUAAUGAUCACGGCAGAAACUGGCGUCACGUUUACAAAGCUCUAGUUCUUUUAGAAUACCUAAUUAAAACAGGAUCCGAAAAAGUAGGUCAGCAAUGCAAAGAAAACAUAUUUGCCAUUCAAACGCUAAAGGAUUUUCAAUACUUGGAAGAAGGUAAAGAUCAAGGACAAAACGUGAGAGAAAAAGCAAAACAAUUGGUUAUAUUAUUAAAAGACGACGAAAGACUGAAAAAUGAACGAGCGCGAGCAUUAAAAGCCAAAGAGCGAUUCGCGCAAAGUGCUAGCGCUUUCGGCAGUGAUGGGAUGGAAACACCUAGCAGUCCAAAAUAUCCAGCUUUCAGAGGUGACUGGGGAUCCAGAGACGCAGUGGAUUUACCUAGAGAUAUAGAAAUCGCAAGACCCCAAACCGCAGGCGAAGAAGAACUCCAGUUACAGUUAGCUUUGGCGAUGUCUCGGGAAGAAGCAGACCAGGAAGAACAAAAGAGAAAAUCGGAUGAUGUUCGGCUCCAGUUAGCGUUAAGUCAGAGCCAGCAAGAUUUCAAACAACCCAAGACAGGAGAAAGCACGAAGACAGCCAUUUAGUGGACUUAUUAGAUGUUAAUUUGGGCGGAGACCAUGCACCAGCCGAUCCUUGGGGAAUGCCACAACCUCCAAGACCACAGCAAACAUCACCUUGGCAUCCAGCUUCACUAUCAUCCCCACCUGACGUACCUUUAGCAAGCCCUUGGACCGGUGCCACUGGCACUACUACACACAAAACAGACCCAUGGGGGGUACCAGUUGUCCCAAACACCAGCACUUCGCCGAUCCCGCCCACCCCCAAGCAAGACCCCUGGUCACCCGCUAGCCAGAGCUCAACGGACUUGGACGAGUUUGAUGUAAUUUCAAAUAGAAAUAAAGUAUCUACGUCCCCGAAAACCAACGGAAGCGGUCCCGAUCCUUUCGAGUUAAACUUGUUAGGCGACAGUCUACCUACUAAUACAACGACAGACAGUGAAGGCAACACAUCGACGGGUACCACCAAAAAGACGCCCCUAAGUUUUCUCGGAGAAAAUUCGGCAUUAGUGAAUUUAGAUAAUCUUGUAACAAAAUCUACCGAAGAGAACUGGUUGCCGGUAAAAAGUUACAGUAAACCCGCCAAUCCAACACUGGUGGCGAAUCCUUUCUCAGAUCCAGCAAUAAACAACCCACCCAGACAAGUUUUUAACACGCCUCCCCCGAAACCGUCCAUCAACGAGAUGAAGCAACAAACGUUCGCACCCUUUGGUAUGUCAGCACCCCUCAGAGCUUUUCGCCCGUUCCUACCCAGACCAUCGGAUCAACUGCGGCCUUCGGACAGUUCUCAGGAACUGCCACACAGCAAGCUUUCGGCGGUACCAACGGCGGAGUGUUUGCUGCCACCACUGUAACACCUGAUCCUUGGACUCCUGUUGUAAAUAGUAACGGUACUUCUACAAAUUCACCAUGGACGAAGAGCAACGAGCCUGCAAAUCCGUUUUUGUCCUAA